CUGCAGCCGUGAGGAUCUGUGCCGUCGGGAAAAACUUUGGAGAAUCUUUGCAUCUUGGAUCAGCAGUUUGACCAACAUGGCGACCAGAGCUGAAUCUCAACUGAAACAAGAGAAAGUAGAGAGUGGAGGUGGAAAGCAGGAUUCUCCGCGUACCCACAAGUGCGGCGAGUGUGGCAAGGAGUUUCGCUACCUGAGUGAGUUGAAGCGACACUUGCUAACUCAUACAGGAGAGAAAGCUUACCGGUGUGACGAAUGUAACAAAGGCUUUAGUCUGCUGAGUAAUCUAAAGAGACACAUGCGGACUCACACAGGUGAGCAACCGUACAGGUGUGAGGAUUGUAACAAAACCUACAGUCGGCUGAGUCAUCUGAAGACUCAUAUGCAGACUCACACAGGUGAGAAGUCGUACAGAUGCGAGACAUGUGGAAGGCAGUUCAGCAGGCUGGGUAGUCUGAGAAGACACAUGCGGACUCACACAGGCGAAAAACCGUACAAAUGCGGGGAGUGCAGCAGGCAGUUCAGCGAGCUGGGUCAUCUGAAGAGACACUUGCGGACCCACACGGGCGAGAAACCGCACAGGUGUGAGGAGUGCGGUAAGCAGUUCAGUCAGCUAGGGCAUCUAAAGGAGCACGUGCGGACUCACACUGGUGAAAAACCAUACAGUUGUGAAGAGUGUAGCAGACAGUUCAGUGGCCUGGUGAAUCUGAAGAGACACAUGCGGACUCACACAGGGGAGAAACCGUACAGAUGUGAGAAGUGCAGCCGGUCGUUUAGUACAUUGUCAGAUCUAAAGAGACACGUGCGGACUCACACAGGUGAGAAACCGUACAGAUGUGAGGAGUGCAGCAGGCAGUUCACCACAAGCAGCAGUUUAAAGAGACACGUCGUGCGAACUCACAGAGCGCAGAAACCGUACAUGUCUUAAAAAGGCAACAAAAGCUUUCGUAAGAGUGCCAACUGAAACACUCCGGCGAAAGACUGUCAGUGUCUUUGUAACGGUUACUGAGUGGCGAUGCUUUAAAUGUCCUGACUGUUUGAUCUCAUUGCAGUAGUGUACUCUCUACAUCAUCGGACUCCACUGUAAAGUUAACAGAAGUGGUGGUUUUAUAUUACGAUUGAUGGAUGCUCCGUAGCCUGUUGAUUAGAGCUAGAGGCCCUGUGUAAAAUGACAGUGUAGUGUUAGGCAAUAGUUGCAUGGUAGGACAUCGUUUAUUUAACGUCAAAGUGUCAUCGUCCGUCUGUUAUAUAACUUAGUCAAUUACAUGUACUUUUCUCUGUUUUAGUUUCUGUAAAUGCACUAGAUCUUUAGCGUUUGGUUACAGUUGGAGCAUGUUAGUUAUUAAUGCAUGAAAAUGUAAUUUGUUACUUUGACAGCAGUUCUGUAAGCUAGAUGAGUUAGAGUGUAGCUGUUUGUCAACUUUUUGCAUCUCAGUUUCAACAAUAAAGCGCGUUAGGUACCUUA